GGGAAGGUGGCGGAGCCGGAAGCGCGGGAGGCCGGGCGGCAGGAAGCGCUGAGGGGCGGCGAUGGGCCGCAGCCGCUCCCGGUCACCGCCGCGCCGGGAACGCAGGCGUUCGCGGUCCACCUCCCGGGAGAGGGAGAGGAGGCGAAGAGAGAGAUCCCGGUCCCGGGACAGGGACAGGAGGAGGAGUCGUUCCCGCUCCCCGCACAGGAGACGGUCCAGGUCACCAAGACGGCACCGAUCCAGCUCCUCCUCCCCACCACGGCUGAAGGAGCGGCGGGAUGAAGAGAAGAAGGAGAUAAAGGACUCUAAAAGCAAAGAGCGUCAGAUCACAGAGGAAGAUUUACAGGGGAAGACAGAAGAGGAAAUUGAGAUGAUGAAAACAAUGGGCUUCGCCUCUUUCAAUACGACGAAAGGGAAGAAGGUGGACGGUGCUGCAAACGCAUACGCCAUCAACGUGUCCCAGAAGAGGAAGUACAGGCAGUACAUGAACAGAAAAGGAGGAUUCAACAGACCCCUGGAUUUCAUCGCUUGAGGCUGAGCUCGCUUGGGGGAGACGCCCCCGCCCAGAAGGACUUUGCUUCCUGGCACCACCCAGCUCAGAGACUGGAUUUCAGAGGAAUUUGAGGUUAUUCCCAACAAAUCCUGCCCCGCAGCCAGAGCGGGUAGGAGUCACCAUUUCCUGGAGUCUUUAAUUUUUUUUUUUUUUUUACAUUAUGCCUCAUGGUUUAUUCCUCGCCGGGAUUUCGUUGUGUUUUUCCUGUUGUUGUUUUUGGACACACCACGUUCCCUGUUACAAUAAAAACCCUGCAUAUA